AUGAAGAACCUUUUGCUCAUUCUCACCGGCGUCGCUGCCCUCGUCACGGCAGGCACUGCUGUGAACCCCCAUAACACUGCCUACAAUGCCCGUGAGGCCAUCACCGAGCAGGGCCAUGACCACAACGACGUUAAUUCUGCCGAGGAGACCAUCACCCUCCGUCGACGCGAGUGCGAGAUCUCCUGCCCCAUCAGCCUUGGCUACUGCUACUACGCUCCCUACAACUACAAGUGCGACCGUAACGGCAAACUCCAGUGGACCCAGCGAGAUAUCAACUGCGAGCACCCGACUUGGGGCUGCUGGUGCGGCUGCGACUGGCGCGUCCCCGGCAUCGAGAAGAAGGGCGUCUCUAGUGCUGAGGUUGAGUUCUAA